AUGCACACCAACUACCGCUGGAAUACCAGGAGUAUACCUUUGGGUCAUGGGCGGAGAAUUACGGUCAAUCUUCUAGGCGAUCUCAUAUAUGUCGAAUUCUUUGCUAGCCGCACCAUCAUCAACUCGUCCAAGAUCGCCCGGGACCUUCUGGACAAACGGGGUGCUAUCUACUCCAGCCGUCCGCGGCUGGUGACCUUUGUCGAGUUGGUUGGCUGGGAUCCCACUUUGGUCUUUGCGCCGUACCAGCAUGAGAGUCGGCGGAGACAGCGGCGGUGGGUGCAGGCCGCGUUCGGCGAGAAGGACACACUCCGAAAAUAUGAAGGCCUACAACACAGGGAGGUUUGUAUCUUGCUGUCGAGCUUGAUAAACACGCCCAAGAACUUCACCAUGCAUAUCACGCGAUAUACCGUCGCGCUGAUCGUCGAAUCCGUCUAUGGCCAUCGGAUCACGUCCUUGGAAGAUGAAUACGUGACACUGGUGGAUCGUAGCAACCAGGCGACAAGCGCUACAGGUCCUGCCGGAGGAGGAAUGGUGGAUCACUUCCCACUUCUGAAGCACAUACCGACUUGGAUGCCCAGCGCGGAAUUCAAGCGAAAGGUGUUGUAUGCGCGGGAGCUCGUGCGGGAUGCCCACUAUCGUCCAUUUGAUAUGGUUCGAAAGGCUGUCGCGUCGGGUGAUGCAGAGCCGUCGUUUGUUUCUACGCUGAUCGAGAACGCAGAGAAGGAGGGUCGGCUUGACGAGGUAGAGAAUGACAUUCGGUAUGCAGCCGGUGCAUUAUACGCAGCCGGAUCAGACCCAACAAAGACCGUGCUUCAAACGUUCUUCUUGGCGAUGGUCCUUCACCCGGCGGUGUACAAGAAGGCACAAGAGGAGUUGGACCGGGUCGUUGGUAACACGCGACUGCCCACUCUCGAGGAUAGACCGAAUCUACCCUACAUCGACUGCGUUAUCAAGGAGACAUAUCGGGCGAUGACUCGCAACGUGGAACAAUACAGUGACGCUGAGGCAUUCCGCCCAGAACGCUUUCUCAGCCCCGAGAUCGAGGAUCCUCGCAACAUCGUCUUCGGUUAUGGCCCACGGCUCUGUCCAGGGCGCCUUUUUGCGGACACGACUCUCUUCUUGGCGAUAGCCAGUGUUGCAGCAACGCUAAACAUCGAGAAGGCGCGUCAUCGAAGGGCAGCGUCAUCACCCCGAAAGCUGCGUUCGUAUCUUCGUUUAUCAGCAUACGACUGUGCGAUCACGCCUCGAUCGUCUGCCGCAAUGAAUCUCGUCGCGGAUGCGCUAGUGAGUGUCACGGAGUGA